AUGUGCCAGUACUUUACUACAAAUAAACAUUUUGACAGCAGCAUCUUGACUUCUUCCCAUAAUGCUUCCCAUCUUGACUUAAGGUUUAUUGACGUGGGAUGCAGAAUCGGAUCAGGAAGCGACACCGAAGAUGACGAACACGUUUGUGGUAAAUGCAGGGCAGAAUUUCCCUCCCUGGCCGAGUUCUUGCAACACAAGAAGCGCUGUGUCAGCAAGAGGCCCGUCCUGCUGGCACCACUCGACGAGCUUGACGACAACAGCGACGACGAACUCGAUGACAUGGACGAAUCCGACGACAGACUGACCCCUCCUCUUCUGGAGAAAGUCCGAAAACCCCGGGAAUGGAUCUGGGGCAAGAACCUGACCGACAUCCACCCUCUGCUGCUACUGGCCCAACGCAGGCCGGACACCAAUGUCACGCUGGAAGAGCUCAAGAACACGACAGUGGCAGUAGCUCAGCACGGACAGCUCUUGUCGAAUCAUCUGGCCUUGAGAGAAUUCUUCUCCAGGUUCCACCAGAGGCAUGUGGAAUCACUGCAGCUAAUCAAGACCAUUGAGGACAUUGUCCUGAAAACUGAUGGGAUGCCCGCACCGACAAUUGCGCCCCCUCCCCUGAUCGGGACAGCCGCCUUGACCCCACCACAGAGUGCCGAUGGCGGGCCUGCAGUGGCCUCUGCCUCUGUCAUGGCGGCUUAUCCUCAAGGGGGCAGAACGGGAAGCCUCAGCCCCAUUCCACCACCACCUCCAGAGACGAACAAUCUGGCCCUGCUUGAAAAACAGGCUGAGAGAUAUCUGCAAGACUCCAUGUCCAGGAGGUCGUUUAUGCUCAACGGAAUUGACGAAGACUGUAGGGUAAAAAAAUCCAAGUCUGACUCAACGGACCCGGCGCAUAGGAACAGGUGCCACUUUUGUGGAAAAACUCUUGGAAGCGAAAGUGCUCUCCAGAUCCAUCUGCGAUCGCACACUGGCGAGAAACCUUUCCGCUGCAAUGUCUGCGGAAGUAGUUUCUCCACCAAAGGGAACCUCAAAGUUCACUGCCAGAGACACAGGGAGCUCGGAGGGAGCAGCGACGAGCACAGACAGCCGGAACAGAACGACAGCAGGACAGAGAACCCUCCCUUACUUUUCGCACAAGAUUCUGGGACAAGAGGUGAGACGAAAUUAGAACAAGCAUUGGAUUUCUCAUCAACAGUCAAUGGACGAAGAUCUCCAAUGUUGGAUUCUAACAGUCGUAGCAUAUCUCCAAACGAUAUGUCCAACUUCAGUGACAAUUCCGACGAAUCCUCGGACGAGAACAUGACGGCCGAAAACUUUCGCGAGCUGAAAAUCGAUGUCGAACGAUUUGACGACGACGAUCAUGUCGAUUCAGACGGCAUGGACGACGACGAAUCCGAAAUGGCGACUUCCCAACCAUCGUUUGGGCCAUCUCCGAACUUUGCCCCGUAUUUCCUUCCAACUUCGUGCGAAAACUUUGUUCCUUCCACUUCGCAAUCUGAGAACAAGAACUCGUCAAAUGGAACGAUCAAUAAUGGAGGGUCCGAAGCCAUCCUCCAAGAUCCUUCUUUUUACCAAGACCUGUUGCCGAGAAUCGGCUCCAACGACAAUUCAUGGGAGAGUCUCAUAGAAGUGACUAAAACUUCGGAGACCUCGAAGCUUCAGCAACUGGUGGACAACAUUGAGCACAAACUGAUUGAACCUAACCAGUGCAUCAUCUGCCACAGGGUUCUUAGUUGCAAGAGUGCGCUACAGAUGCAUUACAGGACGCACACUGGCGAGAGACCUUUCAAAUGCAAGCUUUGCAGUAGAGCUUUUACGACUAAAGGCAACUUGAAAACGCACAUGGGGGUGCAUCGCACGAAACCAGCGACGCGGCUUAUGCAUCAGUGCCCUGUCUGUCACAAGCCGUUUCCCAACUCGCUUUUGCUACAGCAGCACGUCAGAAACCACACGGAAAAUCCUUCGAUCCAAUUACCGCCACUCUACAAUCCGAAUGAAGACAGACCACCCACACUAUUACCACCUUCUUAUCCUAGACAGUUCCUGCUGCCUCCACAAUUGAUGAACGCUGAGCCUCUUGCCCUCACUAAUUCCAAAACAAGUGAACAAUUGAGAAACAAUUCUACAAAUGAGUCUGUAAUCAAGCCCACUGGCUUAGAUAAUAAUAACGGUUCUCAAGUUUCUUGUGCUUCGCCAACACUCAGCACCGCAAGCAGUUGCUCUCCGUCAUCUAACAUUGCAGAAAGUCCCAAAGAUCCAAAACCACCUGUUUUAGACUUAGCACGAUCUCCUGAAGAGCAAUCUCCCAAAGAUACGGAUGACUUGCCGGCUGCAGAAAGUUCGAAAGAAACAGAGAAUGAUCUGGAGAAAAGCAGAAAUUCGAAUAAUAGUACUCCAGUAGACAUGAAGUCGGAGUAUGAGGCGAAUAUCAAAUCUGUUUUAAAUCAUAAUCAGUCACCAAGUAACAUUUCGGACCAUUCACCAUUGAAUGGUCAAGAAGCUGAAGAUCAAAGCCCUUCUUCAGCUAAAUCCCCACCGAAAUUCUCUAGUCAACCGAACAAUUCAAUUGUGAUUAGUCUUGCUAGUGACAGACCUCUACCAAUGACUCUUCCGAAUGACUGUCCAUUACCAUUUACUAUUCAUGGAAGCGACCGCACUUAUCCAGCAAUGAGUGUAUCUACGUGCACAUCAGACUACACAGCUUCCCUUGCUGCAUUAGAAAACCACGUCAAAGGCAUAACCAGCAACGUCACCCAACCAUUACCUUUCCCACCUCACUUUGGUCUUGGUCUGAACGUAUCUGGUUAUUAUCGAGACUUUGGCUAUCCACCUAAACCUUCGAACAUUUCUCCGACAGCAAGCAAGAACGGAUCGGACGUUUCGGCAGACGACAGAUCUACGCCCGGGGGUGUAGGAACGAGCGGCAAAGGAGAGUCACCACGACUGCCAUCACUUCCCAAUCACAGCACACCAAAGUCCGAGAGUAGUGUCGUGGGUGGACCUCUCGAUCUGACGCCGAGGAAUUCCCCAGCUUUUCAGCGCCCAUCGCCGACGGACACGAAGAUAUACCUCCCAUUGGCCGGUCUUCCUUUCGCUUCGCCCCACUCGCGGAUGGGCACCACAUGCAGGAUAUGUUUCAAGACGUUUGCUUGCCAGAGUGCACUUGAAAUACACUACCGCAGCCACACCAAAGAGCGGCCGUUUCGGUGCGAAGUAUGUGACAGGGGUUUUUCUACAAAGGGUAAUAUGAGGCAACAUAUGUUGACUCACAAAAUCCGAGAUCUCCCCUCGCAGGUAUUCUCCACCAGUAACACUAACAGCUCGUCUUCGACUGUGAGUAGCUCUCAGAAGGUGGAGACGAACGGGGAGAGAUCUCCAAAGAAGUCACCUGAAGAGUCAGCCCCUAUCAAAAGACCCCCUGCAGAAAGUCCUGUACCAGUUCCGCAACCCAAACGAGCACCGGGCCAGCCGAAACACAUGUGCGAGGUGUGUCACAAGCCCUUCUCCAGCGGUAGUGCUCUCCAGAUCCACAUGCGCACCCAUACCGGCGACAAACCUUUCCAGUGUCACAUCUGUCAAAGGGCUUUCACCACCAAGGGCAACCUGAAGGUGCACAUGGGUACACACAUGUGGAACAACAGCACUUCUCGUCGGGGACGUCGCAUGUCGCUCGACUUAGGUCCUCUCCAGAUUCCGCCCGGUGCCAAACCCGGGGAAUUCCCUCAGGCACCCUACUUCCCCUACCUCUCGCCCUUCAUGAACGGGCUGCCGCCCCCUCCGCCCCAGCAUCCCCCCAAGAUGAACGAGAUAUCAGUCAUCCAGACCGCGGGGAUCAGCAACGGCCCCCCGCCCACCACCACUUCCUCCUCCUCCUCUGUGCCCCAGCAACCACUGGCCCUGCUCAGCGCAGCGUGCAAGCAGAGGGAAGAAAGCAGCCUAAAUCAAAAUCAAAUACUGUCUCAGGGAAAGGACACUCGCCCGGCCAUGACGCCCCCGGCCCCGGAGAUGAACGUCUCCUGGCCCUGGAAGAUCUCGUGCAAUAUCUGCAGCAAGAUUUGCACGUCCUCCACAGAACUCGAAAUGCACAUCAGAAACAAUCACUGCAAGAAAGAGACUUCAGACGCGCCCAAUACCGCUACCCGGGCCGAUUCUGUCGCUUAA